AUGCAUGCUCAGCUGCGCGAGUUCUUAUUCCACAUUCAAACAAGCGACGCUUUCGCCAUAUUGUUCUUUGCGACGCAAGGAGACAAAUAUGAUUGGAUUUCAAUAGUCACUCUGAGCGGCUUAAUUGUAUGGAUUCUCACUUCCUUCUUUCUCAUUCUAGAGUAUAAAGAGUACCUGGUUGAGAGAGCGCCCUGGACCAUUAUAGCAGUCCUAGGGCCAGUCUUCGUAUGGUCCGCUAUCGUCACUACCAAAGAAAUCGACUUCUACUAUGCAGGGCUUUUCACUCCAGCCUGGAUCGGAGUUGGUCUCAUCAUUUUGGCCGUCUAUGAUAGGAGAAAGUGCCCCGGACACCUCGAUGGAGCCGGGAAAGGUCAGGAUGACGUUGAGAGAGGCAUUCGCCGUCGGGAUUCAAGUGCAAAUGAGACUGGCGGUGCCCCGACAAACCUCAAACCUCAAGUUCCAAAGACAAAUCCUCACUCAUCGACAGAGUCGUCCCAAACUCAUCUCAUAUCACAGCCCGUUGCCGGAAUGGGUCGAACAACAACAAAGUAG